AAAAACGAAACAAAAAAAGGCAAUUGCAUCAACCAGCCACUGGGGGGAGCUCUCGCUUAGGAGAGAGUGGUAGGUGUUGGUCUCUCCUCUGAGGGGCAGCGUAGGACAGCAAACGGGAAGCCUUUCAUAGACAAAUGGCGUCCCUCCAGUGAGAAGCAGCUGAUUUCCCACCGAGCUCGACAGCAGGAGCAGAGAAGAGGUAAACACGCCGCCCCCGGAUUUCUUUGCAACCAGAUAGUCUGAUGCGUUUUGCAGGAUUUGUGUCGCAGGCUGACGGCUGGACGUGGCGUACUACCCAGUAGUCAAGAAUAGACCGCUGCUGUUCUGGUGUACAAACAAUCCUACUGUCAAGCAAAGCAGAGAGGGGAGAGUCAGCUGCAGCUUGGGCUUCCCGCUGGUUUGCUUAUUUAUCUGCGUUGUGUUUUGUUUUUCGUCAUUGGUUGUUGGUGUUUGCGCUAUAAAAGGGCCCGAACUCAUGCGCUGAAGGCGACAGUUGCGGGUCAAAUGUUUCCACCUCGACGUAUCAGGGAUACAUAAUGAUCAUGGGCAUCACCCCUUCAGAGAUGUCCUCCCCCUCUGCCUGACUGACUGGUCGGCCACCUCCUCGUUAAUCCAAUUCAGGAGAUCAUCUUUUCAGCCCUCCCUGAGGUCACACCAUCGAGACGGCGUUAUCUCAGCAAACCAGCUCACAGCUCUCCACCCACUCCCUAGAGGAUCAUGUUUAGUCACGGAGGGCAAAGAGAUGGAUGAACACAAAGCAAUUUGACUCUGUGGUGGUGAAGAUGACCACAGCACGGUACCGCCCCACAUGGGAGCUAGCUGUGGACCCCCUGGUCUCAUGUAAGCUGUGCCUUGGAGAGUUCCCUCUGGAGCAGAUGACCACCAUCACACAGUGCCAAUGUGUCUUCUGUACACUGUGCCUGAAACAGUAUGUGGAGCUCCUGAUUAAAGAAGGCCUUGAAACUGCAAUUAGCUGUCCAGACUCUGCCUGUCCCAAAAGAGGACACCUGCAGGAAAAUGAGAUCGAGUGCAUGGUGGCCACGGAGAUGAUGCAGAGGUACAAGAAGCUUCAGUUUGAAAGAGAGGUACUGCUGGACCCGUGCAGGACGUGGUGCCCAUCCUCAACCUGUCAGGCCGUAUGCCAGCUUAAGGAAACAGAUUCUCCAGCUUUGCCCCAGUUGGUCCAGUGUGCUGUAUGUGCCCUUCAGUUCUGCUCAGCUUGCAAGGCCAACUGGCACCCCGGUCAGGCCUGCCAAGAGAACAACUUGCCUAUUACUUCCUUCCUACCAGGAGAAAACAGCUCUUUCUAUAAGAACGAAGAAGAUGAUGCACCAAUCAAGCGCUGUCCUAAGUGUAAAGUUUACAUCGAGAGGGAUGAGGGCUGUGCACAGAUGAUGUGCAAGAACUGUAAACAUGCCUUUUGUUGGUACUGUCUGGAGUCUUUGGAUGAUGACUUUCUGCUGAUCCACUACGACAAAGGGCCCUGUCGAAACAAACUGGGCCACUCCAGGGCGUCUGUUAUCUGGCACAGAACACAGGUUGUGGGCAUCUUCGCUGGUUUCGGCCUGCUCCUUCUAGUUGCCUCCCCGUUCCUCCUUUUGGCCACUCCCAUCGUGCUCUGCUGCAAAUGCAAGUGCAGCAAAGGUGAUGAUGACCCAUUGCCAACUUAAACGCCAUCAAUUUGGAGUGUUGAGCCACUUCAAGGAUGGGCCAUCUUUUUGUCCCUUUUCCACCCCUUUUCAUUCUUUUCCUCCCGCCAGCUUUGAGAGAGCUUCAUUUUUUGGGCUGAGCCUGCACAAGUCCUGGCCGCUUUUGGAUCCAUUGCUCUGCAUGAGGAGGGCAGAAAAGACACUGUAGAUGUUCCUCUAAAAAGAGGAUCGAAGGUGAGCAGAAGUCAGACUUUUCAAGGGAUCGCUGUGUCUACGUUAGUAAGACUUUGGUGGUUUGGGGAUGUGGAGAAAGUCUGCGCCACUGGCCAUUAGUUGUGAGUUACUGCUGUGUUGGAAAGUGAUUCAGAACAAACCAAGGAUAAAUUGAGAAAUGCUCUUGUAUGGAAGCUAUCAGGCAAGUGCCACUUGAGGAAGAACCUUUACCUUUUUUUGCUAUGUUUUGUUGGUUUGUUGUACACAACAAACAAAAGCUCCCCCCCCCCCACCCCAUCACCACACUUGAUGUAGCUCUACAGAUUCAGUCAGUAGCAGAAGAGAGUUGCACCACGCAUGUUUGGUGUUCACUCGAUUCGCACACAGAGCAUGAGUUUGUAGUCAUGUCUGCGACUGAGGUAGAGAUGGGAGGCUAGGGCCGCCCUUAAGUCAGUGUACAGCACGUCCUCUUGAUGAUGUCAAUGUUUUAUAAUCUUGCGCUUUUAAUAGAACUGUGCUCUUGAGUCGUGUCUAUGUGUUGUACUUUACAGUGUUUUCCAACCGUUAGGGCAGACAAUAAAGGGGAUUGCCACUCAAAUGGAAAAAAAAAAAAACAUUUUUUGGGGGGGUGGUGGGCCCACAAAUACUUUGUGUUGGAUUGUUUUUUGGAACGACCCCAGAUAUUAAACAUUCAAAUACUAAAUAAUUACCAUACAUACAUUUUCCCCAAAGUUGAGUGGCACACCCCUUUGAGUUUAACAGUGAUUCAAAGUCUGUCAAAGGACUUUGUUUCUAUAUGUUGUGAAAACAUUUUAAUACUUCAAUUGAAUGCGAUGUCACUCCUGUAUUUCUCAGUCCCAAGGUGAUGGUUUAGCCAAAUAGAAAUGAAUAGCCUUAAAUACAGAAUAGCCAAAAUCAGGCAUUUUCCCCCCUGUGCAUUAAAAGAGUCAAGCAUCAAAUCCAAAUAAAUGCAGGGAAAGUUUGUUUAAAGGCAUUUUAAAGUCUUGCAGGCAGUCGGUGAAGCCCUUUACCUUCAGAUGAUUCUAUGAUGUCAUGCAUAUGCCACUCUGUUAAUAGCCAUAGUGUUAUUAAAAAAAAGAAAAGGAAAAAAAGGUUAAUAUGUUCUUAAAUAAUUCUCUAUGUGACCCAAGGUUGGUAUUUUCUAAACCUGUAUGAGCAGGAGAGCUGAUGGACAUAUGUCCGACCAUUAUCAUGAAUAUCCUCCCACUUUUUAAGACUUUAACAAAAACCUGCAAACUUGCAUAUGUUAGUGGUCAGAGUGCUGACGUUUUGUUUUGUUUGUAGUUAGACCUCCAAACAACUAGCAGCUAUUCCUUGCAGGAACAUCAGAAAAUCCAAAAGAAUAAAUGUAAAAGAAUGUUAAGUUUUUUGGGCUCUUAAAUAAUAAGCUGCUCCAUAUCACUUUAUCUAUGCAAGUUUGUACACCACCAUUCUUAGAAGGUCAUAAUAAACUGUAUGUCGCAAGAAAGUUGUGAAGAGAGCUGCAGAAUGUCAAGGUAUGAGUGAGUGUCAUGGCUUUAAUUUAAAGGGAAAUUCUGGCCCUGUUUUCCCUUUAUUAAGGGGGUCUAAAUGAUUAAUAAGGAGAAAGGAAAAAAAAUUGAAUAGAUCGACUGAUUGAGAGCACCAGAACUAGCAAACAACCACUGUAAUGUUAUGAGAAGGGCAGAUGUAUUUAUCUCAGGUCAAGAAGACCUGAAGGAGUAUAACACCAAGCAAGUUGAAUGGGUUAAGAAUGUGUGAUCAAGAGCCAGAGCGUUGUUCCACUCUUACACUGCAGAUUAAGCAACUAAAAGGUUAUUAUAAUAAAAAAGUCAAAGCUCAACACCCUUUUCUAACCUCCAUACUUUAAUUCCAAUCCAACUUUCAAUAGGAAUCUGUUUUAAUAAGGUGGCCUUUAUGUGCUCUUAUUACCCUCUCCUACAAAAAUAUGUCCAUAAAAACACAUUAAAUAGUUGAAUUACUUCAAAAUGCCUCAACUUAAUGAUAUAUUUUGAACUGCAGUGCUUGCCAACACUUUCUGAGUGAGAUACAUUCUGGUUUGAUGAUGGUGUAAAAUGUCCAAUCUCAACGGUUACCCUCUCAAUAAUGUUACAACUUUUAACCAGCUAGCAAUAAAUGUACUGAUUUAAUCCAACAUGAUGCUGUUUUUGGCUGUAGAUUUAUAUUCUGUAAGCAACAAGUAACGUAAAACAAGACUUGGCAGACUUUCUAAAUUUGUGUAUAACCACAAGUUGUGUUCCUAAAUACUCCUGAUAGACGUGUGAGCUCUGCUUUCAUGUAAGUUUAACACAAAUUGCAGUUCUCAGUCUUGCCCCACAAAGUUCUUGGCAUCCCUUUGAGUCCACUCUAACCACAAGAGUCAAAGUUCAAAUGCAGCAAGCUGAACCACGGUUGCUGCACAUACCAACAAGUUGGCACUGUCUUGAGUUUUUGUAUUAACCACCAUGAAACUGUCAUCAGUCACCGUGUUCUUCCCCUCACUACCGUUGUGAACAGAUAAUGACAAAUACCAGAGCUCCUCUGUCAGCAUUAAAAGCAGCUGUUGCACCAACCUCACAGACUUUGGUCCUGUUCUCUCCUUCCCUCCUCUCUGAUCCCCUCCAUUUCCAUGUAGAUUUCAAGUCAAGUCUUCAGAGUUGUAUUCACUGCUUUCUCUGGGCUCAAGUUCAAACAGAAAGAGGCUGAAGAGAGGUCAUGAUGCAUAUAAUACACAUUAAUGUGUCUGACUGUAACAUCCAGAGUUGGGAGCUGCUCCUGCUUCCAGAGGCAAUGCUAGUCUAAUAAGCCAUACCAGUCCUAUUAGUCUGGGUUCCAUUAGAGAGCUCUAAUGUGCACUUCACAUGCUAGGAAUAAUCAUGAGCCAUUAAAACAGUGAGCUGUUCAAGAAUAAGAACUACAUUAUGAACAGUUUUCUGCAGGCAUUCCUCCCUUUCCUUAUUUCCAUGCGUAGUAAUGUCUUUUGCUAUUUCAUGCUCCUAAUAGCUCUCCAUGACUUGCCUCUCUUGACUAAUGAAGUUUUAUCCAGUUCAUCUAAACUGUAGAAGGAGAGUCAGAACAAGAAAACUUUAAUUAAUAGACUGUUGAUAACAAGUGUGGUGAUUCCCAUUAUCUCUAAUCAUUUGUUGGUUUUUCUAGAGCUGGCUAAUGCAAACAAACAGUGACUUGUGUUUUUGUGCCCUCCCAUUUUCUCCCAUCGUGGACUGGUGUUUUAGUAAAUGCUGUCCCUUUCUGAUUGGGUGACAGCACUCCUACAAAUGGUAACACUGUCUGCAAACAUGAUGGUAGAUAAAGCUUUUUACCCAUCUGUAGCAUGACAAGCCUCAACCUCAGCAUGUUCCACUCCUCCAAAUUUAGCUUGUGAAAGCUUUGCGAAGCAAGCACCACCUCUGACUCCUCUUUUCCCCUGAUGGCUGUCUGAUUCUCACUGAUAUUUACACUGUUGUCCUCCUACAACAGCUGACCUCCCAUGAGACUUCUGUAACAUGUUGGAAAUAAGCUUCUCUCUGUGGGAAUCUUAAAAUUAGAGAGUUAUAGAAACAAGCCCAUGACAGCACAGUCCAUCUAGCUUUGCCAGUUAUAGUUUGUCUCCUUAUUAAUCAUCUGGACCUUAAAUGAUAGAAAUGGGGGCCAGGUUUAAAUGUACAGUAAUUUUCCUUUAACCAGGGACCUAUUCAGAAUAAUGCUCAUUCUGUUUUCACCAUAUAAAGUUUGUUGUAAUGUAUUUGUUCUUUAAAUAUGGUAAAGGCUGUAUUUCAGGAUUUGGAGGUUUGUAGUUUAUCUGUUUUCCCUUUUUUAUUUUCAGUUAAAAUUCUUCCCAAAAUCCAUCCUUUCUCCACACCUUUCCAACACUGAGAUUGUUCAUUCAAAAUGUUUACCUUUGUAAGGUUUGUCUAAUCAACCCGUCAGCUAUUCUGAUUUGCCAUUCCAAAAUCUUCAAAGAAAGCCAUCUACUUAACCCCUCCUCUUUUUGUGUAAUUAACUAUUGUUCAUGUAGCAUUUCAUGUCAAAUGGGCUUCAGUUACAAAAAGGGGGGGGGUUCAGUACUUAUCAACAGUAGCUUAUCUAAGUUAAGCAGUAGUUAAUGAUCUGCAUCUUCCUCUUCAUAGAUUUCUUUUUCACCAUAAUAAUCAGUAGUAGUAGCCUUAAAUCUUGAGUACUUUACCUGUAGCUUGUGUUGCUUUCACAGACCUCACCAACUAAAUGAGCACGAUAUAUACAGUACAGAAAAAUCCUUUUGUUCUUAAAGCGUUCAUUUCUUUUUUUUUUUUUUUUUUUUUCUUUUUCUUUUUUUUUUAAUGACAAUCGUGCCAAGUGGAUUUCAUGGAAGGGGCUGCAAGUGUAUGUGCAUUCUGACCGUGUACCAAUAUAUUAAGUUUCUACAGGGUGGAAAUGAUUGUUUCUCUCUGUAAACACUGCACUAUAUAUGAGUUUCUUUGUUUUACCUUGAUGUGAUCUGUGAUUUGUGUGUGUGUGCGUGCGUGUGUGUGUGUGUGUGUGGUAUGGUGCCUGCUGUGUUUAUUGGAGGAGCCUAGUUGUGAAAGUCUGUCAGCUGAGUAGAAAAGAUAAAAUAAAUAACUGCAGCUGUAUUUCAGCAGGGUUUUUACAAUUUGACACAUCAGGGGUCUGAUGUUACCAGGAGAGAAAUUUGAGUACUGCAAAAUAUUCAUUAUUGAAGUCUAACUUCCUUUUUUUCUUCUUCUUUUUUUCUUUACAAAAAAAAAAGGAUAGCUUCAGAUAGAAUCCGAUAGAUUCUGUAUUAUGCAACAAACAAAAGGGCCAAGCAGCAAAUACUACAAUCAUUGCAUAAUUAUUUGUUUAUUAGAGCUGGACAAAAAAAAAGGCCUAGAAAGUGUAACCACUUCACAUUGAUGAAUCAUCUGCACACGGGUUUGGGGGAACAAGAUCAUUUAGCUUCUCAUCUUUGAAAGGGAAGCAAGGUGAAGUUUUUUUUCAAGGCUCUGCAACUAUCUUCAGAUCAAGUUAGAUUACAAGCAGCUACUUAUAUUUUAGAACUUACUGUGUCAAGAGAUGAAGCUGCAUGAUUUUUCUCUGACCUCUACAUGUUAAAUAUUACAAUAUUGUAGCCUCUGAAGAUCUUUGGAGUUGUAGCAACAACCGACUCAACAAUGAAGUGUGUGUUCUUCUCAUUUCACCUUUAUUUUUUCAAGCUGAUGCAUUUCGAUGUUCAGCCAUAUGAGAUAUUGUUGCUCAGCCUUCCUACAUUCAGAAGGUUGGCUUCAUGUGUUUGUUGCUAUUUUUUUUCUUUAGUAAUAUUUUAUUACACCUGUUAUGUCAUUAUUUGCAUAAUUGUAAUAUCUGUUUAUAAGAGUGGAAUUCUAUAAGUCUGAGAGGUCAGUUAAUUAUUAAUUACAGUUAAUACCAGUUGUGUCAGUUAACGGGUUAUCAGAGAAACUGUUGUUAAAGGACAAUAUUUAUGUGUUUGGAGAUGGUAAAUACAUCUCCAGUCAGUAAUUGAAAGUUAGCUGACCUGGAUAACAGAUCAACAUUGUAAAAUGACAUAUUUGAAUAAGUUCUGUACAACUCCUGACGCAGCAUCUCAGUAUAUCUAUAUUUCCACUAACACUGUGACACCCAGUAUUAAAGGUUAUUGUUUUUUGUGA